AUGGUGGCCUCACAUACUCACAUCACCUCCAUGGUGGCCUCACAUACUCACAUCACCUCCAUGGUGGCCUCACAUACUCACAUCACCUCCAUGGUGGCCUCACAUACUCACAUCACCUCCAUCGUGGCCCCACAUACUCAUAUCACAUCCAUAGUGGACUCACAUACUCACAUCACCUCCAUAGUGGCCUCACAUACUCACAACACCUGCAGAGUGGCCUCACAUACUCCAACACCUGCAGAGUGGCCUCAUAUACUCACAAUACCUGCAGAGUGGCCUCACAUACUCACAACACCUGCAGAGUGGCCUCACAUACUCCAACACCUGCAGAGUGGCCUCAUAUACUCACAACACCUGCAGAGUGGCCUCAUAUACUCACAACACCUGCAGAGUGGCCUCACAUACUCACAACACCUGCAGAUAUAUUGA